CGGCGGCGGCGCAUGCGCAAGAGGCGGGCGGCGGCUGAGGGGACGAGAGGCGGAGAGAGCCGAGCAGGCCCGGACUGGAGCCAUGGACGAGCAGAGCGUGGAGAGUAUUGCUGAAGUGUUCCGAUGUUUCAUUUGUAUGGAAAAGUUGCGCGAUGCGCGCCUGUGUCCACACUGCUCCAAGCUGUGUUGUUUCAGUUGCAUUCGGCGCUGGCUGACAGAACAAAGAGCUCAGUGCCCACAUUGUCGAGCUCCGCUCCAGCUGCGAGAACUUGUCAACUGUCGCUGGGCUGAAGAGGUGACCCAGCAGCUUGACACACUCCAGCUGUGCAACUUGAACAAGCAUGAGGAAAACGAAAAAGACAAGUGUGAAAAUCAUCAUGAAAAACUGAGUGUAUUUUGUUGGACAUGUAAGAAAUGUAUCUGCCACCAGUGUGCCCUUUGGGGAGGAAUGCAUGGAGGACAUACGUUUAAGCCGUUAGCCGAAAUAUAUGAGCAGCAUGUCACAAAGGUGAACGAAGAAGUUGCAAAGCUGCGCCGAAGGCUCAUGGAAUUGAUCAGUUUGGUGCAGGAAGUGGAAAGGAAUGUAGAAGCCGUACGCAGUGCAAAGGACGAGCGUGUGCGGGAAAUCAGGAAUGCUGUAGAGAUGAUGAUUGCUAGGCUUGAUACCCAGCUGAAGAACAAACUUAUAACACUAAUGGGUCAGAAGACAUCACUCACUCAAGAAACGGAACUUCUGGAAUCUCUUUUGCAAGAAGUGGAGCACCAGCUUCGGUCAUGCAGUAAAAGCGAACUGAUAUCAAAAAGCUCUGAGAUCUUGAUGAUGUUCCAGCAGGUCCACCGGAAGCCCAUGGCCUCUUUUGUCACCACCCCUGUCCCUCCAGACUUCACAAGUGAGUUAGUCCCCGCCUAUGAUUCAACUACCUUUGUACUGGAGAAUUUCAGCACUUUACGCCAGCGGGCAGAUCCCGUGUACAGUCCGCCUCUUCAGGUUUCCGGGCUUUGCUGGAGGUUAAAAGUUUAUCCGGAUGGAAACGGAGUCGUGAGAGGAUACUACUUAUCUGUCUUCCUUGAGCUUUCCGCUGGGCUGCCGGAAACAUCCAAGUAUGAAUAUCGUGUCGAAAUGGUCCAUCAAUCCACGAAUGACCCUGCCAAGAACAUCAUUCGGGAGUUUGCCUCUGACUUUGAAGUUGGAGAGUGCUGGGGAUACAACAGGUUCUUUCGACUGGACUUGCUGGCUAAUGAAGGCUACUUGAACAGGCAGAACGACACCGUCAUAUUACGGUUCCAGGUGCGGUCUCCCACUUUCUUCCAGAAAUGUCGGGAUCAGAACUGGUACAUUUCUCAACUGGAAGCUGCUCAGACCAGCUACAUCCAACAAAUAAAUAACCUGAAAGAGCUUUCCCGAACCCAGAAGUCCCACGGCAUGCCUCCCCCAGAUACUCACCUCAGCCCACAGAGCGACGACGGCCUGGAAACGAGACCAAAAAAGCCGGGACCAAACUCAGACGUACUUCUUGAGGUUAUGGCCAGUAUGCCAUCACUCAGAAAUGCAAAAGAGGAGGAAGAGGAGAAACCACAAUAUGAAGAUUAUAACCAUGAGCUUUCAGACGGGGAUCUUGACGUUGACCUUAUUGGAGAGGAUGAGGCCAACCAUCUUGACGGCAGCAGUUCUUCGGCAAGUUCAACCGCAACCAGCAACACAGAAGAAAAUGAUAUAGAUGAGGAGACUAUGUCGGGAGAGAACGAUGUGGAAUACAGCCACAACAUGGAGCUGGAGGAGGGGGAUCUUGCCGAAGAAGUUGCCUCUGCUGCAGCAGGUGCCUCAGGUGGGACCCAUGGCUACCCCACUGCAAGCUGCCGCAUGUCAAGGCGAGGAGCGGGAGCUCUGGGCUCUUCCUCCAGCAGCAGUUUGCUUGAUAUUGACCCCUUGAUUCUAAUUCACUUGUUGGACCUGAAGGACAGAAAUGGGGUGGAAAAUCUCUGGGGCUUGCAGCCGCGUCCUCCUGCUUCACUUUUGCAGAACAGAGCCUCCUAUUCUCUAAAGGAGAGGGACCAGCGGAGGCAUCAGGCCAUGUGGCGCGUCCCACCAGACCUGAAGAUGCUGAAAAGGUUGAAAAGCCAGAUGGCUGAAGUCCGCAGCAAAAUGUCGGAUGUGAAGAAUCAGCUGUCGGAGGUUCGGAGCAGCAACACCACCUCUUCUGAGGGGCAGCCCACAUACGCUUUCUCCAGCGAUCAAGGAGCCCUGGCAGCCUGCGGAACAGAUAGCUACAGCAAACUGCAGGAACUUGGGAGAGAACUGCUGACAAAAUCGUCCCUCUCCAGCUGUUACAUUCGGAACUCCACCAACAAGAAAAGCCACUCAACCAAAACUGGUCGAACUGGGGGAGCGGGCAGCUUGUCUCUGCGAAGAGCCAUGGAUUGUGGAGAUGGAAGCCUUCGCUUGAAGGGAGACUGUCAGAUUUCCUCUGAAGGUUGCCUGGGAAGCUCAAAGUCCAGCAGUAGACGUGGCUCUCCCCGGACACUGACCAAUGGCAAUAUCUCAGAGCCACUUUCUAAGCCAGAAGACAGACAGUGCGAUGCCUCUGAUACUGACAUGGGGGCUUCUGGCGCAAGUGGCAUCCCUUCUGUGGAAAAGGCCCGGAAAGUAGUAGCCGGAGGGUCCAAUUCAAAUCGGUGCCGUGCGGAAGCUACGGAUUCAGUUGACGUGGAAAACAACACUGAAGCUGCAGAGACUGAAAUUCUCUCUGAAGGAGCCUCUGCAGAUCCAGAAGAUGGUGCAGCUAGCCUUUGCCAGAAGCACAUCCUCCACCUCCUGCCUGGCAUGAGCAGCGAUAGCGACAUUGAAUGCGACACGGAGAAUGAAGAGCAGGAGGAGGCAGAAACAUCCGCGGCCACUCCAGACCUCUUUGGCCAGGGGUUCCAGGCCCAGCCUUCAAGUGAGACCUUAGAGUUGUGUCCAGUUUUCCCAGAGGGCGACCAGGCAGGCUCUGAAGACUCUUCCUUUGCUGCUGGAAAGGACAGUACAAGGUAGAGCAUUUGGUGGGAAGGCCUGCCUGGACUUGGAGUAGCAUUUGGCUGUCGGAAGUGCCGUAGCGCAGCAGCAUGGGGUCUCCCUUAAUUCACCCGCAUUAUUUCUGGCAAUGCCUUAUGCACAUGCUCUCCCUGAACGUGAAGCAGCCGUAUUGCUUUUCCGAUCUUGUGUGGUCUGACCCUGUGCCCUUGCGUGCCUCCCAAAGGUGCUUUUGAGCCUCAGUGGCUGAAGAGUGCGAUGGAUAGAAGAAGGGACACCCCGCUCCCCCCGCUGCUGUUCUUUUGAAGUGGUAUGACUUGACGCUAAAGCCAUUGCACUCCCGAGUCCUAAGCUUCUUAUGGUGAAAUGUUGCUUUGUGAUUCCUUCCUCUUCCUGGUGUUUCCCAGUUGACAAAUCCUUAUUGCCAAACGUUGUUGUUAUUUUUUUUUUUUGCUGCCAUGGUGCAUUGCAUUCGAGCUGCUAUAAAGGUGUUCUGUGAAGUUGUGCCCAAUGGGCUACUCUUUUCAAAGCACGGGUUACUCUGUCAAUGUUAGUUGUGCGUUUUCUCUGGAACGGGGAACUUCACUAAACUGAUUCACUUGUCGGUGUCAUGUUUAACUGCUGUAAAAAUUCGUAAGGGUUCCGAUGAAAAUGGUUUGCACUCUUUUAAUUAAUAAAAUGAACAUGGAAAUGGU